CUUGCUUUUUCUGAAACCGAGCGUUUGUUCCUCGAAAAAUAAAGAACCUCAAGCAAAAACAAUGCUAGUAGGAACUUCCACAUCCAUGUAUUCCCUGAAAUUGAAGAGUUUUGGGAGGAUUGCUAGAUGCUUUUCGACAACCUCAUCGUCUCCUCUGCGAAUUUGUGUAGUAGGUAGUGGACCUGCUGGGUUCUACACAGCUGAGAAGCUUUUGAAGGCUCAUGAAAGUGUCGAAGUUGAUAUAAUUGAUCGGCUGCCAACUCCCUUCGGAUUGGUUCGGUCCGGCGUCGCACCGGACCAUCCUGAAACAAAGGUAGUGAUCAAUCAGUUCUCACGCGUUGCACAAAAUGAACGUUGCUCUUUCUUUGGAAAUGUGUCCCUUGGAUCCUCCGUGACACUGCUGGAGCUUCGUAACAUGUAUAAUGCUGUGGUGCUUGCCUAUGGCGCUGAAAGUGAUAGAUCUCUUGGCAUACCAAAGGAGGAGUUGGCUGGUAUAUAUGCUGCUAGAGAAUUUGUUUGGUGGUAUAAUGGGCAUCCGGACUGCAGAAAUCUUGCUCCAGAUUUGAAAAGCAGUGACACUGCUGUUAUUCUUGGUCAGGGAAAUGUGGCUCUUGAUGUUGCUCGAAUUCUUUUACGGCCAAUAGAGGAAUUGGCAAGAACAGAUAUUGCCUCCCAUGCAUUGGCUGCUCUAGAAGAGAGCUCAAUAAGGAAAGUUUACUUGGUGGGAAGACGUGGACCGGUACAAGCAGCCUGUACGGCAAAAGAACUACGAGAAAUUCUGGGAAUCAAGGAUUUGGGUGUCUAUAUUAAACCAGCUGAUCUAGUUACAACACCAGCUGAUGAGAUAGAAAUGAAGAAUAGCAGGAUCAGGAGGCGAGUGCAUGAAUUGCUCUCGAAGGCAGUCACACCAGGGUGUACUCCUGUUGCCAGUCAGCGCGAACUGCACUUUGUCUUCUUCCGCAAGCCUGACAUGUUUCUGGAGUCAGAUGACAAAAGUGGUCAUGUUGGUGGCAUUCGGCUUGAGAAGACUGCACUUAAAGAUGUAGGAGAUGAUGAAUUGGUGAAGCAGGUUGCAGUUGGCACAGGAGUGUAUGAGGACAUAUCAUGUGGGUUAGCUUUGAAGAGCAUCGGUUACAAAUCAGUCGCUGUGGAUGGUUUACCCUUUGAUACCAACAAAGGUAUCGUCCCAAAUGAUAGAGGGCGUGUACUAGCUGAUGCUUCACAUGGUCAUCUACAACACGAUAUAGGCUUAUACGUGUGUGGGUGGUUGAAGAGAGGACCAACCGGGAUAAUUGGUACAAACCUUCAUUGUGCUGAAGAAACUAUCUCAUGUAUCUCGGAAGACCUAAAUAGAGGGGCUUUAGCGUCUGCUUCGACAAAGCCAGGAAGAGAAGGGCUCAGGCAAGUGUUAGACAGUAGGAACACUAGAGUUGUCCCGUUCGAUGGCUGGGGAAAAAUUGACUGCGAAGAGCGAAGGCGUGGGAGUUUAAAGAACAAACCUAGAGAGAAACUUGCAACAUGGGAGGAGCUACUGGAAGUUGCCUGCCGAUGAGGUAGUUUACAAUGCAGAUAAACAUGCCAAAUUUUGAAUUAUGAUACAUCAUAGUACUACUAGCUUAUAAUGGAAGAAUUUGAUUUGAAUUAAGAGUUUAAGAAUUUAUAAAGUAAAAUUAAUAAAACAGUGGGAAAAUGUAUACUUGAUUUUCA